AGAGAUUCAGGGAGAGCUGAAGAACAUUGUGCUUUUAGUUUCUUUCGUGUGUGUUAGCAGGGCAGUGGUGUAGAAACAGAAAGACACAGAGAGUGAUUGUGUUAUCCUUGAAUUUAAUGGCUGAGAGCAGGGUUUGAUUUAAUCAGUAGUCAGUGUGUUCACUCUGGAUCUGUUUUCUUUCUCCUCACCAUGAAGCAUCUGUAUCUGCUCUUUCUGGGUCUUCUGUUCGCCGUACUGAACAAUGCUGCUGGAAAAGAAUGUCCUCCAGGAUUUGGGGUUGACCAUGAAGACUGUGUAGAUGAGAAUGAGUGUGACGAUGCACUUCUAAGAUGUGGUGAGAAUGCAAUUUGCACCAACACAAAUGGCAGCUACUACUGUCAGUGUGCAACGGGGUACCAGAUAAACUCACGCAAAGUUAAUUUCACUGCGGAUGAAAGUGGAACCUGCAAAGACAUUAAUGAAUGUAGAGAGAAUAAAACCAUCUGUGGCUCAAAUGCUGACUGCAGUAACAUCCCUGGUUCCUAUUCCUGCACGUGUCAUUCUGGGUUUGUGGCCAGCAACAGAAAGGAGCAGUUUAAUGCAAGCCAGAGUGUUACAUGCAAAGAUAAUGAUGAAUGUAGAGAGAAUAAAACCAUCUGUGGCUCAAAUGCUGACUGCAGUAACAUCGCUGGUUCCUAUUACUGCACGUGUCAUUCUGGGUUUGUAGCCAGCAACGGACAGGAGCAGUUUAAUGCAAGCCAGAGCGUUACAUGCAAAGACAUUAAUGAAUGUAGCAUGAACAAAACCAUCUGUGGCUCGAAUGCUAACUGCAAUAACAUCCCUGGUUCCUAUUCCUGCACGUGUCAUUCUGGGUUUGUGGCCAGCAACGGACAGAAGCAGUUUAAUGCUAGCCAAGAAGUUAAAUGCAAUGAACUGAAAUGUGACAGACUUCGCGGUGAAAACUUAGCUGAGGAGAAAGAGCAGGGUGAGAGAGGAGACAGUGGACCAGAGGCCAACAGGGAUGAUUAUGCAGGGUCACAGACCCUUGUGGCACUGAAGGAUAUUCUGAAAGAGUUGCACAGCACAUGUGUGCAAAAGGGCGUGACUGGAGAGGAAAUGCUACAGAUUCUCCUUGAGGCUUUGGAAAACUUUCUUUCAGGAAAGUCUUUAACAGACCCCAGGACCAUUUCAGCACUGUUUGAAGUGGUUGAAAACACACUGCCACUGAUAGGACAGCUGCAGGUCAACAGCAGUAUCAGCCACUCAUUUCUUCACACAGGAGUCAAUAUGUUGGUCCAAAGAAGCCCGAUCGCCCCACGUGGUCCAUUUAUUUUGUCCACCAACGAUGUGCAAUUCAGCAGCCACUGGGAAACAGCAGUGGGAGAGUCAUACCAGGGAUUUGCCUCUGCAUCCCUGUUCAAGUACUCCGGUCUGGAAAGUUUUUUUGAAAAGAGCUCAGUCAAUGGAAUAAAAACCUCUGCAAAUCAGUUCAAGCUCAUCUCAAAGGUAGUGACGAUCGUAGUCACAAACCCAAACACGACUCAUCUGAAGAAAUGGAUCACAAUCAACUUCUCUCACCUGCAGAAAGAAGUGAAGAACGUAAGCUGUGUAUUCUGGGACUCGGCGAAGGAAGGUGGUAUGUGGUCUACUCAAGGCUGCAGAACGGACGACUCCAACACCAAUUCCACCACCUGCUCAUGCUCACAUCUCAGCAGCUUCGCUGUGCUAAUGUCACUCUAUGAACAGCCGGAUGUGUUUGAGCUUCGGCUGAUUACCUGGCUCGGACUCUCGCUGUCUCUAAUCUGCCUCCUCAUCUGCAUACUGACCUUCUGGCUUGUCCGCUCCAUCCAAAGCACCCGCACCACCAUUCACCUGCACCUCUGCAUCAGCCUCUUCAUUGCUGACUUCAUCUUCCUCGCUGGCAUCAGCCAAACAGAGAACAAGGUGGGAUGUGCGGUGGUGGCGGGUCUGCUGCAUUUCUUCUUCCUCGCUGUGUUCUGCUGGAUGUGUCUGGAGGGUGUGCAGCUUUUCCGCAUGGUGGUGUUGGUGUUCAAUACCACUCUGAGUCGUGGCUACCUGAUGGCCGCCGGUUACGGAGUCCCUGCCCUGAUUGUUAUCAUAUCAGCCAGUGUCAAUUCUAAAGGAUAUGGCACGCCACGCUACUGCUGGCUCAAUCUGGAAGACAAUUUCAUCUGGAGCUUUUUCGGCCCUGUUUGUGUCAUAAUUAUUGUGAAUGCAGUCUUCUUUUUCAUAACGGUAUCGAAGCUGGCAGAGAAAUUCAACUCCCUCAACCCUGAUUUAAGCCGCCUGAGAAAAAUCAGGGCAUUCACAAUCACUGCCAUUGCUCAGCUGUGUGUGCUCGGCACCAUGUGGAUCUUUGGCUGUUUUCAGUUUGACGAAAGAACGUUGGUCAUGUCCUACCUCUUCACUAUCUUAAACAGCUUGCAGGGAGUGCUGUUGUUCAUCAUGCACUGUCUGCUCUCCAAACAGGUGAGAGAUGAAUACAUCAGGUUCCUGACUUGUCUGACUAGACGACAGAAGUACUCCGAGUUCAGCACAAACCAGUCCAGCAAAUCCCAGGGCUCCAAAAGCACUCACAACACAGGAGAGUCACGGAUCUGAAGCAAACAAACCUUGGGCGAGUCUUUAUAUGACCUUCACAUUCAGCAUAAGCUCAUCUGUGAAUUAGCUGCUUUCUGAUUCUGCUGUAGUAGUGUUGUUGUUGCUGUUGUUGUUGUUUGUAACAACAAAGAGCUUGUACAUCCAAAUCCAAGUCGAGUCUCAGGUUAGCAGAUCUCAAUUCAAAUUAAUCUCAGGCUCUAUUUUUUACAGAAGAAAAAUAGAAAAAUAAUAAUCUGCUACUCAAGUCAAAGUCCUGUUCUGGUUCUGGCUUCAUUAAUGAACUUUCCUUAAAGCUAGACUGCCUUUCAGAUUUUUCAAGUAUAGGUCAUAAAAAGAAGUUUCCCUGACACCGAAUUAUUUUUGUUUAGUGGACCAAAAGCUACCGAAUUCGAAUCACAGACUUCCAAUUUUAUUAGUUUUUUUCUACUAGAGCAAUUAACAAAUUUAGGGCCACAUGGCCUGAAAUUCUCCACUAUUUUUUCCUGCUUCAUCAUGACCCAAUUCAAGAUACUGUCAUGCAUCACGUGGUGGGCUUUCCCUGUUCGCGCAAGGCAUUGUGGAAUACAAAUUUGAAACAGGAGAGAAAAAUGGAGGACGUGAUUGUGCGAAUAAAAUGUGAAAGACCGACUUCAGUAACAGAAAGUGAGAGGAAAAGACGUUAUGUUAUAUGCGAAGGAAAGGAAACGCAGGACCAAACUAAUAAAUAUCGGCGCUCAGCGAGCACCUCGGUGUGAUCAGCUGUUCGUUUAGCGACAGAAUGAUGGAACUGUCAGUGCACGCUCAAAGGGAAACCUGUAGAUGGCAGUAAUGCAACACUGUGGAUGCCAGCUGCUGUAAAACCCAAAAGAAGAAGGAAAAGAAGAAGGUAAACCUGCACAUGCACACAUGGACUUCCUCUGUCUGCUUGAUUGUGCAAAGCGAACGAUUUCAUACAUAUUAUUUGCUCAGGAAUCCCCUCAAAUUAAAUAACUUCCCAACCACAGAAUGACCUGAUAUUUUGUGAGAUAUUACAGAAAUAAACAUAUAUCAUAAUGACCAAAUUUCAGCGGGAACUAAAUUUCACCGAUUUUAUGAAAUCGAAAGGCCGUCUAGCUUUAAAGUAGGCUGUAGAAGCAGAUGUUAUGUUCAAUAUGUAAGGAAUAAAAUACAAAAUAAUCAACAAAAUUUGACUGUUACCACUCAUAUAACUAGCACUUAGCAGACACUCUUAUCCAGAACAAUAUACCCAGAGCAGCAGUUGGGGGUUAGGUGCCUUGCGCAAAGGAACUUUAGCUAUUCUUGUUGGUCCAGAGAAUUGGACUAACAACCUCUUGCUCCCAAAGCUGCUUCUCUAACCAGUAGGCCAUGGCUUCCCCAUAGUUGAUUAGGUUCCUAUAACAGCAUAGGAAGGUGUUUUAUUCUUAAACAUUUUUUUACUCUUUGAUUCUUCUUAUUUUAUUCUUAUUUAUUCUUUUAUUCUUAUUAUUUAAAAUGAAAAUCUUAUGAAAAUUUUCAUUCUUUUAUAAUCUCAUAGUUGAUCAUUUUCCUAUAACAGCAUGUGAAGGUCUUUUAUUUCUCUAAGACAACAGCAAUUUGUCAAUGACUAUUUAACAGUUAUUUCAUUUACAACUCGAUUUCAUGUAAUAACUGUUCAAUAGUCAUUGACAAAUUGCUGUCAAAAAGUGGAAUAACUGUUUUAUUCCAUCCACAUUCACUGGAUUUUGAGAAAUGGGCACAUAUGUCAACCUUUAGUUACCCAUGCCCUUACAAAAUCUAUACUUUUCCCUUACAUACCGGUACACCCACGAGAAAAAAUUCCAAUAUAUAAUCCAAAGCACCAAUUGUUUUAUUCCACAUUAUACACUCCUAUUGUAAUAGGCAUAUUUAUCACACUGCAUCAAGUUAAAGGGAUCAAAUAAGCAUGUCUCAUCUCAUUAUCUCUAGCCGCUUUAUCCUGUUCUACAGGGUCGCAGGCAAGCUGGAGCCUAUCCCAGCUGACUACGGGUGAAAGGCAGGGUACACCCUGGACAAGUCGCCAGGUCAUCACAGGGCUGACACAUAGACACAGACAACCAUUCACACUCACGGUCAAUUUAGAGUCACCAGUUAACCUAACCUGCAUGUCUUUGGACUGUGGGGGAAACCGGAGCACCCGGAGGAAACCCACAUGGACACGGGGAGAACAUGCAAACUCCGCACAGAAAGGCCCUCGCUGGCCACGGGGCUCGAACCCAGACCUUCUUGCUGUGAGGCGACAGCGCUAACCGCUACACCACCAUGCCACCCCCAAAUAAGCAUGUACUGAAUAAAAAGAAAUUUUAGAUCCCAGGUAAAACAACUGAAUUAAAAAGGACUAUAUGUACAGUCAAGUAAACAAUUAUCUACUAAAGAGAAUGACUGAACUAUAAACUUAAUUAUUUAAUAUACAUUGCAUCAGUAAUACCAGAAUUAUUGAUGUAAAUUUUGCAAAUAAAAUGUAUUAAUAUUAAAUAGUUCAUAAAAAUUACACAAAGUUCUAUUUGACAAGGGUUGACAUCACCUACAAUAUUACAUUCCACCAAAUAAAAUUACUUGAAAUAUAACAGCAGUACUAAGUAGGUAUGUUAAUUAAAAUAGUAGGUUACAUGGAAUAAAUUAUAAUCAUGUCAAACAGUAAAUGAAGGUUAGUAAAAGUUCCAUUUGAGAAAAAAGUGUUGGCACCACAAGCAGUGUUCGAUCCAACUAAAGAUGACUGAACCACAUCAAGUAUAUUAUGUAAACAAGGAUAAGUGAAAAUAUUAAUAAAUUAUGAAGUUAAACUGAAAAUCUUCCCAGUAAUUUAUAACAAGAAUUUAAAUCUUAUUCCUUUUUGGAGUGUUCCUUGUUGUACAAAGAUGUUGCAGAUUUGGCACUAGCUAUAAUAUCACUGCUUGGGUCGCAGUUGUAGCUCCUCAACACAGUUCAUUUCAAUUUGCAGAUAUGCAGUUAAGUGUCUGCAGCCAUAUUUUUUUCUGUACUCGGUAUGAAUUUUCCUAACCAAUGAAAAAGCCCUCUCACUAUCUGCAUUGCUAUGUGGGAGGCACAGCAAAGCAGUAAAAAGUUGUUUCAGCUUUGGAAACCUGGCAACACCCAGAGCAGUUUUUACAUUGAAGACCUUUCCCCAAUGUACAUCUAUUAUUUUCCUGGUCAAUAAAAGAAAAUCAGAGCACGGCAAACAUGUAGAUGGCGUUAAAUCGCUUCCAUCCCCUACUACACAUUUUGGAGACAGGUUACCAACGGUCGUUAAUGGAAGAAGAAACCUUUAUUUGUCACAUGCACACUUCAAGCACAGUGAAAUUCAUCCUCUGCCUUUAACCCAUCUGAAGCAGUGAACACACGCACACACACCCAGAGCAGUGGGCAGCCAUAACAGAGUGCCUGGGGAGCAGUCAGGGUUAGGUCAGGUACCUUGCUCAAGGGCACCUCAGCCCUAAACCGCCCCACGUCAACCUAACUGCAUAUCUUUGGACUGUGGGGGAAACCGGAGCACCUGGAGGUAGCCCAUGCAGACACGGGGAGAACAUGCAAACUCAAGUCAAGUCAAGUCAAGUUUAUUUGUAUAGCGCUUUUAACAAUAAACAUUGUCACAAAGCAGCUUUACAGAAUUUGAACGACUUAAAAUAUGAGCUAAUUUUAUCCCCAAUCUGUGGCGACGAUGGCAAGGAAAAACUCCCUCAGACGACACGAGGAAGAAACCUCGAGAGGAACCAGACUCAAAAGGGAACCCAUCCCCAUCCGGGCAACAACAGACAACAUGACUAUAACAUUAACAGUCCUAACAAAGUCAGCUUCGUUGAUGCUAUAAACCCCCCACCGACGGAAACCCGAGUGCAAAACCGUUCACGACAACUGCAGUCCCAAAGUCAGCAAGUCAACUGUAGUCCUAAAGUCAGCAAGUCAACUGCAGUCCCCAGCCACAAAAGCACCACUGCAAGAGUCCAGAGCGUCUUCCAGGCGCGACCCCCAAUUGUCCACAUGGGGCCGCCCUCCACAGGAGCGAUGCGAUGAGACUCCAACCAGAUACAGGGCACCAGGAUGGAUCAGGCAGGUCCGAGGAGCAGAAGAGGCCAGCAUCUCGAUCCCAGGACCAACAUGUAACUCAGAGGGACAGAUUUGGGGGGGGAGGGGGAGAAGAGAGAGAAAACACAGGUUAUUAGGUAUGCCCAGUGUCACCUGAAUAAGUAGGAACAGUAUACAUAUUGCACUGAGUACAAGCAGGGUCUCCGGCAACUAACUAUGACAGCAUAACUAAAAGGGGAGAGCCAGAAGGUAACACAGGCAUGAGGGAGCCCCGGGACAUAAAGCAGCCAGCCACUAUACCGUCAACAAACUCGAGUGAGCAAGUGAGUGGGGACUGACAAACUCCACACAGAAAGGCCCUCGCUGGCCGCAAACCUAGAACCUUCUUGCUGUGAGGCGACCAUGCUAACCACUACACCACCAUGCCGCCCACCACUGUUACCACCAUUACUCUUCAUUCAAUACUUUUCCAGUUUACUGACGAAUGGGUGUUGGUCAUCUGUGUCUACAUAUAAUGUCUAUCAGCAAUUUAAAUGUUUAGGGAAGCGAAACCAGAAAUCGCCGGGUAACUACAGUUGCCGUUGUAUAAACGGCGACUCCCAGUAUCGCCUCCCAAAAUUAUCAUCAUAAUGGAGGAAGCUUUCCUACAUGCAAACAGUAAAAACUUAAAAUAAAUAAAUAAAUAAAUAAAUAAAUGUAAAAAAAAAAACAAAUGCUUUCCUGUGCGGUCUUUAAAUCGGGAAACUUUUUUUUUUCACUAGUUGCGAAAAAUGGUCUGCCACAGACGGGGGGAUGUUGUGUUCCAUGAGAAAUUGACAGAACAUAACUUGUGCAGCCAUCACAGAAGUCUGGGCAGUCUGAGCCGAUGUACUUAAAUGACCAAGAAAAUCACGUGCAACUAUAAAACCACAUAAAUCGAAAAUAGUUCUUUCUGGGCAUGCGUGUUUAAAAAAAUAAAUGGUGGAUGCUAAGAAAAUUUUCUCGGAGUAACGGAAAAAAUCUCUGAUACAAAAUGUAAUUUUCCCGUAUGAAAAUCAGCGUAUGCCGUAUUAGCCAAAAAAUUGCAUUUUCCCGUACAAAAUACAGGGAAACCGUAUUACUUGACAUGUAUGAAUGGAGCAUUUUUUUUUUUUUUGCAAAUUCGAUAAAUAAAAACUUUAUACAAAAUGUCCGACAAAAUAAUUUCCGCUAAGGUGGACUUCUUAAAAGCCUAUCGAUGGCUGCGUGAAUUGACUUUAGUGUUGUGUUUUUUGUAGAAAGUGCCGUCUUGCUGUUGUGCCGACUUAUAGAAUAGCUUUAGACGUUUAUUUAAUUCUUCCUUGGACAUUUCAGUUCUGUAAUUUUCAAACUUCUUUGAUCUUUUGAACAAGUCUAAAAAAAAAAAUUCAACAAAUUUUAAUGCUUAGAGAUAAAGAAUGGAAACAAACCGGCGAAAUGACGAGCAAUUUGUGAAAAAUGCUACAAUAAUAAUUCUUCAAAACUAAAAAAGAUACAUUCUUCCCAUCAGAUACUUUUUUUCAAUACUUUUUGCUUUUUUGUUGUAUUUUGGGGGGGUUUUGUUUUCAAGUCGAGUUUUUAUUUCAUCAUUAGUUGGUUCAGCAACACGCUGCACCAUUUUGUUUUUCUCUACUCACAGUAUAAGAGUUGAUAUCCUAGUAGUAGAGUAGCCAAUCAGAGCGCACGAUUGCUCAUAUCCAGUGAAUGUGAAUAGAAUAAAAUAUUUUAUUUAUAAAGAAUAACACAUGUAUUGUUGAGGAACAGCCAUGGAACAUGUCAGGAAUUUAGUAUAGCAGCUAUAAACAGUGGAUCCCUCACCGGUCUCUGUUUUUUCUUUCUUUCUUGAAGUUAAUAAGACAUACAAAUGCAGCGUGUUAACAAAAAAACCUUAGUUACAGUUCAGUAUCAGUCACAAAGCAUUGAUACUGGAGACUCCUUCCAAAAACGUUUAUUAAAAUUGGUUUAUUUAAAGUUCAAUUGUAUGGUGCAUCAGCUAUACAAGUCCAUGUGUUGCUAUAGAAACAAUAACGUAUUAUUACAUGUGAUCAACAUGUAAUAAUCUGACCAAUCAGAAUUCAAGGAGAAUGAAUUGUAGUGUAAAGGUGAAAUACUGAUUUAUAGCCCAAAGAUACAGAAAGGAUUGGCAUACUCAAUCACAGAUACAUGCCUAAAAUUUUGAUCAGUACACCGUGUGUGUGUGCAUGUGUGUGUGUGUAUUCAGGAAGGACUAACUGGGAUGAUCUAAAAUUAAAAUUAACCAAAUAAGGGUCGCCCUCAUAUGAUUGCUUUUAGUUAAACACGUUCCUCAUUAAUGCAUCUCAGGAGCAGCUUUGAGAUGAUGAACUGCAGUUUUAUCACAAAUGAAACAGAUUAAAGAGUUGAAACAGGAACGUGUUAUUAUUACUGUCCCAGGCUUAAUUUCUUUCACAGAAAUUGAAUUGAAUGUAUUUAUAAAUGUGUGUGUUUUUUUUUAAAUGAUGUACACAAUUUAAAAUAAAUUUUAAAUAGUUUUAUUGUAAUAUUUAAUGCUGAGCUUUAAUUAUUUGAAUGUUACUUUGGUAUACUUUUCGAUGCAAUAUUGUCCGGAUGAUUGCUAACCAUAGGACAGUACUUCUAAGCUAUUAAACAGAUCUGUGCCUUGCUUUCUUUCAAGGAUUUAUUUUGUAUUGUUAUGGCAAUAUUCAGUCUAAAUAUUGCUAUCAUGCAAAUCGAGCUGGUGUUAUGGUGCUGUGAGAUAUGCUGGUGAUAAUGACAUCACUUUAUUGCUUGAGGAAUGAAAUGUAGGUGCUGAUGGUGGUUUCAGAUGUAAUGUAAAGAGAGAUGUUUUUACUGCUAUGUUUUGUCAGGUACAUUUUGGUUCAUUCUGCUCUCUUUCAAACAAAAAUAAAUGAUGCACUUUUAAAAAAUAAAAAAUUUGGCAUGCACAA